AUGGCUGCCCAGAAGGCAGGCGAUAUUUGUGACUGUGCACCCGGAUGGGCUGAGGAAAUCAAUAAGUUACAUGAUUUUUUGGAGGUAUACGGAUCUCGUCCCUUGCCCCUGAGGCAAGAUUGGGCAAGGCACCAUUGGUUCCACUUGCAAAGUGUAAUAGACAGAAUGACAGUAGUGCAGAGGAAAGCUAAGGUUAAAAAGGGGAAGGGAAAGGCUAUAAUUGGUGCUGUGUUGGGAGUGUGUUUGCCAGCUGUGGUGGAGGAAAGGAAGUGGAGGUCCUGUCAGGCUGAGGCUGUGGUAGCUUCUCUGCAGGCAGCAAUAACAGCGCUGCAGGAACAGCUACAGGAAAAUAAACGGGCGCUGGAGGAGGAGAAGCGCCAAAACCUGAUAUUGAAGGAGGAGUUGAGAAACCAACUCCUAAGGGAGACAGACGCUCUAGCAGAAGAGGAAGUACUGCUCGAGGAGAAAGGGAUACGGCAAGUCUAUCCCUGGGGAGACAUAAAGGGAGUAAAGGAGGCUGUAAAAAGCCCCCCCCAUAUGUGCCCACAAGUUAAAAUGGAAUAUGUAUAUGAAGACAACAGUGACAAUCGCCCCCAGGUUAUUACCAAAGAAAUUCCUUUCAUGGUAACCGAAUUGGCUAAGCUGCGAAAGGACUUCGCAAGGACUGUGAGAGAAUCCGAAACUGAAUAUGUUUGGAGGGUGUCCCUGUCAGGGGCAGAUGGGGUCUUUCUGUCAGAGAAAGAGGCAGAAGGAUAUUGGGGCCCAGGUGUGUUUUUAACCACUGGCGACCACCAAGCCCCAUGGUCAUUAACUCAGAGGGUUGCAUAUUGGGCGGGAGGGUUGAACUCCGUGGGAAGGGGAGACCCCCUAGCCAUAACAGCUUCAGUAGAUCAGCUGGUGGAAAGUGUGCAGAAAGCGGCUUGUCUGCAAAUGAUGUACGAUCGGGAACUUAAGCCCAACCUGAGCUCCCCAAUGCUGUUGCCGGUAGAUCCCGAACGAAUGAUGCCCCUGAUACGGGGACUUCCCGAUUCUUUAAAACCUAUCGGGAUCCAACUGCAGGGGAGAAUUCAGAAUACACCCAGUGAGGAGAGAAUCAUGGCUGCCCUGGAGGGAAUGGUGACCCCCGAGCAUCAGCGGCCAGGGAGGAAGGCGUGGACCUGGGGCGAGAUAGCGCAAGAGUUAAUCAAUUAUGGGAGAAAGUAUGGACCUGUUAGCCGAUCAUACCAGAAAGUUGAAACCCGAGCUGUGCAAACGUCAGAACAAGGAAGCGGGCGGCUGCCAUUCUCUGGGAGGAGCCCAGAUCUAACUGGAAAAGAAAAGCCCCUAACCCAACAAGGAUUAUGGCAGUUGGGGCUGAAAAAGGGCGUUCCCCAGGAUUUGAUGGAUGGACUCCCGACUAAGAAGUUAGAGUUGCUUGUGCAAAGAUGGUCCGGACAGGGAACUACUCCUAGGCCGAGUCUUAAUACCUUACCAAUAGUGAACAUGGGGAAGGAACAAGAAGGGGACGAAAGAAUGGCGGGAAACUAA